AUGCGAAGUGGGGGCAAGUUGCGCCAUGGAGCGCAGCUGGCACCGAAAGGGACCUUCAAUCCCACCAGCUGGGCAGAUCAGAGGAAAGCAAAGAUCGAGAAGGCGGAAAGGCUCCGGGCGGAAGCCCGCGCAAGGCUGCAGCAGCAGCAGAGCCCCGGAGGCACCCUUGCCCACCCUCGUGGCGGAGACGCUACUCCAGUCUCCUGCGCCGGUGGCACGCCAACCCAGGCGAAGAAGGUCGCUGUGGCCUCGUCGCCCCCUUGGGCUACCGAGGACGAUGUUCCCUCCGCGACACCGCCUCGAAAGCAGGCUCCACGGAGCCCCGAGCCUCGCGCCGAAGCCCUCGGCGGUGCGCUGUACUGGCCUGGCGAGGAGGGCAAUGCCGCGGAUCGUCGCCGGUCCCCUCCAAGGACCAUCGCUCCGACCGCGACGGCUCAAGAACCGGAGCUGCCCAGCCGCUCCUACGUCCUUCCGGCCGAGGGUCCAGCAGCUGCAGGUGAGCUUGAUCAGGACCUACGGGAGCUCUUUCCAGAGGCUUUGCACGGCCCAGCAAUCGACGAUUGCAGCUCGCGAUCUCGGACGGCGUGCGACUUGGACGAGUUGUUCGAGCAAGCGCUGUCCGUCGGAGCCUGCACACAGGCCGAGAUGAGCCAGAAGCACAUCAGCCACGAGCGGGUCUUCGGAAAUGGAAAGAUCUUCAAGGAGCCCUCCCCCGAAAAAACAUUGCGCGCAGAGCCUAACGAGACCACGCUUCAGGCUGGCGAUGGGUUCAGCCCUAAGAGUCCGGACCUCGCAACAGGAUCGGCCUUGACAGAGCUCUUCGAUGCC